AUGUUACCAUUUGAAAAUGCCUCUUGUUUCCAAGCCGGCAUUGGAAUCUCAGCCAACAUCUUUCUCCUUCUUUUCCGCAUCUUCACGUCCCUCCUGGAUCACAAGCGUAGGCCUGCUGACAUGAUCACCUGUCAUCUGGCCUUUGUCCACAUAAUGAUGCUCUUCACCUUACUGUUCUUGAUGUCUCCAGACCUCUUUGAAUCACUGAACCUUCAGAAUGACUUAAAGUGUAAGACAUUUAUCUACCUGAGCAGGGUGACGAGGGGCCUCUCCAUUUGUACUACCUGCCUCCUCAGUCUGUUCCAAGCCAUCACCAUCAGCCCCAGCACCUCCCAGCUAUCAAGGCUUAAACGGAAGUUCACAAAUUCCAUGGUCCGAAUUUUCUUCAUCUUCUGGUCCCUCAGUUUAUCUUUCAGUAGCAACCUGAUCUUCUACAUCGUUGCAGUAUCCAAUGAAACCCAGAGCAGCCUCUUAAAUUUUAGUAAGUACUGUUCACUUUCCCCCACAAGCACCAUCAUGACACUAGUGUUUUUCACUCUGACAAUGUCCAGAGAUGUCUCCUUUGGUGGAGUUAUGCUGCUUUCAAGUGCAUACAUGGUGACUCUCUUGAUCAGACAUCAGAGGCAAGCCCAGCACCUUCAUAGCACCAGCCUCUUCCCAAGACUCUCCCCAGAAAAAAAGGCCACCCAGACCAUCCUGCUGCUGGUGAGUUUCUUUGUGAUCAUGUACUGGGUGGACCUGAUCCUCUCCUCCUACUCAACCCUGUUAUGGGAGUAUGGCCCAGUCAUUCUGGGUGUCCAGAGUCUUGUGACCAAUGUCUACCCCACUGUCAGCCCUUUAGUGCUCAUCAGUUCCGAUAAGCGAAUAAAGAAUAUUUUUCAACAGAGGCUAUGA